AUGAGCAAACCCAAGGGAGAACCAGGAGUCGAACCAAAAGAACUCGUGCAGACAAUGAAACAACAGAGGACGAACAAACGACUCAACUUCACACGGUUAGUGAACAGGAUUUCCGAUAUCCUUUCUGAAGACCACCCGACACUGGAACAGAUAGUGAAUGUUCAAACGAUUUUGGCAGUUCUCGAGGAGAAUUUUUCGGAUAUCAAGGAGCUGAAUAAGAAUAUCGAAAUUAAUCUUGUUAGUAUCGACGAAGGUGAUGCUGCUAGAGAUGCCGAGGACGCUUGUGAAAAGUCCGUCGAUAAUCAGAUAAAUAUCGUUAAAGCCAAGAACUUUUUAGCUAAAUUCAAGUCAACAAUGGAUAACCCAGUAGUACCAGUGCCAAAAGGUCCAGUGACUACUUCAAAGUUACCAAAAUUAACGCUUCCGACUUUCAAUGGUAACCUUACUGAUUGGCUGCCAUUCUGGGAACGAUACACAGCGGAAAUCGACAAAAAUUCGAAUAUUUCUGAUAUAAAUCGUUUUGAUUACCUAUACGGUUUGUUAGAAGGUGAAGCUUUGGACUCUGUUCGAUCACUCAUACCCUCAGCAGCGAAUUACGUGAUUCUCAAGAAAACAUUGCUAGAAACCUUCGGAAAAGACCGAAAAAUCAUUCGUGCGCACGUGUUGCGACUGUUUCAUUUGAGGAACCCAAACAUGUCCGGAGCUGCAUUUCGCUCGUUUUAUAAUCAAGUAAUGACGGACCUGCGGAGUUUGGAAGCACUAAACAUUGACGUUGAUAGAGCAGCUGGAAUAAUUGUACCUAUUCUCGAGGAAAAACUACCUGCUGUUAUUCGGGGAAACAUGGCUGAUCUUGACAGGACAGAUGUGUACAAUCUUAAGACAUUCACAGACGGGUUAAAGCGCCAGGUCGAACGUUAUGAAACACAAACUGAGGAUAUUGAUAUUACAGAGAGGACAACUGUUGAAAUCUGUCAAAAGCUACCAAAUUCAUCUGUAGGUGCAUUUAUGGCACACACUAGUAACUGCGAAAUUUGUGGUUCACCGAAACACCAACCAGAAAAAUGUAAUCUUUCUGCAAAACAGAAACGUGAUUUGGUGUUUGCAAAAGGUCUAUGCCGAUUGUGUUUGUUGCCAGGACACUUUUCUAGGAAAUGUACAAGUUCGCUACAGUGUUCAUCUUGCUGUGGACUACAUCAUACGUCACUGCAUGGAAUCGAUUUCGGAAAUCGUUCACGGUAUCGUGCUCAGUCAAGAAAACGGUAUAAUCGUGGGAAUAGAAAUUCGAUCACGGAGAUUACGCAAUCGGCCCAGGAAACGCCAGGACCGACGUCGUGCUGCAGUUUGGUUCAGAAUAAAUCUACGAGUGCCGGUAUGGAUACGUUGGUGGAAAGUGAUUCAUACGCGGAUAUUGUUACGUCAUCGAUCAUAGCUGAUAACCCAGUGUUGGUGAAAACGGCCAGGGCUAAAAUGGACUACAGUGGUACGCAGGUAGAGGUUCGAAUCUUCAUUGACGAGGGUUCAAUGUUAAGUUACAUGCGUCAGGAUAUCGCGUUAUUACUUGGCAUCCAGCCUAGGGGUUAUAUUGAUCGCGGAAUUCACGGAUUUCAGUGUUAUACGAAGGAUCGCUAUGGUUUGGCAACAGUAGGGAUAAUGACGUCUGAUGGAAUGACACGUGUUCCAUUGUUGAUCUCACGGGAGAUAGUUGCACCCAUCAGCCAACGAGGUUGGUGUAAGGCUAAGUCACUACCACACAUUCGAGGUUUGAAGUUAGCAGAUGACUUUCGUGGAGAGCCAUUUGUUUUGGAUGUGCUGAUCGGUGCUGACAAUUCUUGGCAGUUUAUGAACGGAGAGACCAUUGAUGGCAAUGGCCCAACAGUGUAUAAGUCAAAUCUCGGUGCAUUGUUGUUAGGACCAGUUCAUAAGGAUAGGCCGAUUGAGGCAGCUGAUAUCAGACCCAUAAUGUGUUUCUGCGGAACUCAACCGGGAGAUGUGGACCUUUGUGGAGCGUUGUCCAACACGGAUUUAGACAAUCGGUUGUUGACAUAUUUUCGGUGUAGUGAAGUGGGUGUCAAUGACGUCACUGAUGACGUAGGUGGCGUAGAUGAGAACUUUAAGGCAGCAUAUAGUGAAAAGAUCGAAUUUCAGGAUGGGAAAUACUCGGUGCAUCUACCGUGGAAAGAGGACCAUGGGGAAUUGCCAUCCAAUCUACGAUUGUGCAGACGUCGUUUGGAUCAGAUUGUUGAACGUUUGCAGAAAACAGGGUUAAUGAACGCUUAUUGCAAGGUCAUAAAAGAACACAUGGAUAAAUGCUACAUAGAGGAAGUCAAGGGUAAUCCCUGGGACGAAGAACAUUCACAUUACAUGCCACAUUUUUUUGUGCUCAAAAACUCGGAAACCACGCCUGUUCGCAUUGUAAUGCUGUGUCACCAGACAGUAAUGCGCGUAAACCUGUGUUGUUACCUCGGAAAUGCCACUUUACUAGACUUGUGA